AGUCUAACCUUUGACCUUUCAUAAUCACCGCAAACAAUGGUGGACUUGUCAGUCCGAAGUUUGUUUCCCGACUGAGAAGAUCGGCAAACUUUCACUUGAACGGCCUUUUGUCGUCAAAUUUGCACUUUCUUUCGGACAUUUAUAGUCUCUACAUCCCAUAGGUUGUCCCCAUGGAUGACUCCCCCCGCCCAACCUUUGGCAGUUCCACAGCCAGAGAGGAGGAACGUCUGGAGAAGGUCCUCCGGGAAGGAACCUUCCGCGACUCCUUAGUGAUGGCCAAGGUGAUUGACACCCAUCCGUCAAGUGACAGCGACAGUGACGAGGCCGUUUCCGGUAAAGCCAAUAGGCCACAGUGUGAACCUAAGGACAACGGUGAGGAAUUGCAGCAAAAAAGUGCAGACAAACCAGGAUUCUUGGAAACUGGAGAAGACAAGUUGAGGAAAAGUGGCGUAGACAAAUCAGAAGGAAAUGCUACUGCUGGGGAAAGAUGUUCAGAGGACACUAUCGAACAGAAUAAGCAAAAAUCUAACAGGGAUUCAACUGUGCCAGAAUCUGAAGCCUCAGCAUCGGGGGAAGCAUCCUCGCAAGACACGAAGGCCGAAAAAGCGGGAGGUUCGAAACAAGAGUCUUCUACUAGUACACCUUCCACUGGGGACAGCGAGUCGUCCGUCGGGUCCAGUUCGGAGUCAGGGUCUGACUCAGAUCACAACAGGAGUAACGACGGAGCCAACGCUGCCAGCACGGACGAUCGCAACCAAGUCUUCAUAACAAUCGAGACUCCCCUCUUCGUGAGGAGCCACUAUGUGUACCUGCCGAAGAAAAAGAAGACAGAAGGUGAUGAUGACAAUGAGGAGGACAAGGACGACUCCGGCACUGGUCCCAGUACUUCAAACCCAGAUGAUCCUUCAUUAGAAAACAAGGAACAUGCAGGACCUUCAAAGAGGAAGCAUUCGUCAGAUUCUGCGUCAGAAUCAGAAGGCAACACCCCCAACAAACGACAGAAGAGAGAGUCAGAAGAAAUGCAAGGAGAUUCCAGCAAAGUUUCAGAAAAUGUGGUCAAAGAUUCUGAACGUGGUGAGGAAAAAGGACAUGUUGAUUGCAAAAAGGGCAAGAGUGAGACCAAGACAGGACAGGGCAGUAGUGAAAGUAAUGUUGAGAAACAGAAAGAAAUGGAGUCACCCAAAGCAGCAUCCUUGAAACGUCCCUUAGAAGAGGACGACAGCAGGCAGGAAUCUCCAAAGAGGAGACGACAAUCCUCUGGUCCUGAUGCUGACCCUACAACACAGGAUGAUGCCAGAUGUAAGAAGUCUGAAACCCAAGUGUCAGACAGAACGGAAAACCCACUUUCAGAAGGCACCGAGGAGGCAAGGCCAACUCCUCAAGAAGGAGCGGACGCAGGGGACCAUCAGGUAAGCCCCACUCCAAGAAGACGGAGGUCCUUCACUGAGAGAUACUACGAAGAUGCUCCCAUCUUGCCUACGCCACCUGCACCAAUCCCCCCAGCUGAAGCACCUGUCACUGCAGCAGGUGCGUCUGCAGAUGCCUCUACAACUGAGGGCGCAGCUACAACUUCAGAAGCAGCAUCCCCCACCACUACCGAUGGCACAUCUGAUGACAAGAAGGCCCCAAGCCCCCUCGGCCCACCGUGGAAUAUGUACGACCCGAGAAACCCGGAGAGCUCGUCGAUCCGCGGGACGAAGAAGGAGCGCUACAACCUGAGGAUCGCCCAGGCUAUGGUGGACAACGCCAUCAACACGGUACUGCAGGAGCUCGGAUUCUCCCCAGGGAGCUCGCGGCGGAAGAGGCGCCGUCGAAGGGAACGAGAGAGGCAGCAGGCGAUGGAGGAAGCCGGGGUGUCGAGCGCCAUCCGCUCGCAAGGGCUCUCCAUGGGGCACCGCGGGGGCAGGACCACCACCACCUCCCCGGGGUGUCCCCACCAGAGGCGAACGUCCGAGCUCAACGCGGGCGCAGGACCCAGCUCGGCGAGCCUUCCCGUACCGGAAAACGAGGACGAUUUCGAGAGGCUUGCUGUCUCCGAGGCGAUCAGCCAGGCUGGACUGUCCAAGUCAGAAGAGCCAAAAGAUGGUUCUAAGGACAAAGACAGUAGUGCUUAAUUGAUAAAUGAUAUAAAUAUCUUUAAAAGAUAAAAAGAUAUUUAUAUUAUGCUUUCCAAUAUCUAGUUGCAACCAUCUUAACACUGACAGCAUUUUGGUUCAUUGAAAUAUAGAGUUGUAAAUUACCCAAGAGGUAUGUUGAAGUAAUUAUAAGGUUGUGGCUCUAAAGGAAGCAGACAGCAAGUAGAGGUGUAAAAAAUGCUUUGGGCCUUUGUGUUAUUCAGCUGAUAGUUGUAUAAAUGGCAUGCACAGGAAAACCACCAAAAAACUUUUAAUUUUUUAGCUCUUUUAAAAAGCACUAUUAGCAACACAUCUAUUAUCCAAAACAAAAAGAAGGCAGAAACCCUGUUGCACCAGAAAUAAAAUACAUGUAGUCAUUGCCUGCCUGAGUUUCUGAUGAUAGAGACUGAUCUCCAAAAUUAUAUUUGAAGCUCCAACUUUCAAACAGUCUCACAAUGUAUACACUGUCUCACGGGCAGUCUAAACAUCCUUUUGCUUGCAAAAUAUGUGGUAAAGUAUUUACAUAUAACUUUCUUUGGUGCAAUUAUUUUACAGAAGAUUUUAGACUUCAGAUGUUUUCUUUUGGAAUACUUGAAUUGAUGUGGAGUUUGAAUGGUUAAGUUUGAUUUUGGCAUUUGCAUAUCCGAAACUCCUCUCUGUAAAUAAGUACUGUACCUUCCUGGUGGUAAAUCAUUUAUUUCAUUCAGAUUCAGAACUUUAUCAACGAUAUAUUCUGAAUGGUUGCUAACACUUGAUGUUAAAUGUUGAUACUUCAUAUUAUGUUACAUCAUAACUCUGUAUCUCUCUGAUGUAAAUAAUUGUAUUAAUCAAAGCUGGUUCUAAAAAGAGUAUUGAUUUGUUGUGUACAUGUAAGAUAUAAAGUUAUAGGUGAAAGCU